AUGUCGCUCGGUCACCACGCCUGGCCUCCGGGCAAUGUUCGCCCUCCGGACGAGCAUCAGGAUCUCCAGCGACCCGUCAAUGGCUUUGUCAAAACCCUGUCAGGCUCGCGGACCCCUCAAACGCGCGGGUCCAUCAGCGCCGAGGGACCCAACCCCGGCAGUAUGACAUCGGAACCUGAUAUGGCCGCGGAUGAGGACCCGCGCAUUGCUCAAUUUCGUGAAAUGUUUCGCAUCAGUGAGGCGAAAAUAAACGCGCUUUUCUUAGGCGGUCUUCCCAGGGAGGAUGCUGUGGCCGCUGAUCUAGACUUGGGCGAGCCUUCAAGCCGGACCGAACGCGUCGAUGCGCCUGCGCCUCCACCCAAGGCACCCGCAAAGACCGCCCGCAAACUCGACGAUGACUACGAUGAUUAUGACGAUGAUGAUGACGAAGAGGAUACGGAAAUGCGCGACGCGCCAGCUCCCCCCACCAAAUCGAAGAGCAAUCCUCCAUCCCAAGGUACGGUCAGCGCCGCGCCCUCGGUACCACGAUUUGGCAAUAACGAGGGCGCCAAGGAGGUCAAGAAAGAAAGCGCAGAGGACAUUCGCAAAAAGCUCGAGCAGGACAAGAAGGCUACGGAAGAAGCCGUCAAGCAUAGCUUCCAUACUAUGUUCUAUACUUUGGAAGACGAUCGAUACGCGAUGCUGGAUCAGAAAAGGCUAGAGGAAUCCGAGCGUCAAGUAGAAGCCGAGAUGGCGGGUCAGAACACUGGGAACAAUACUGCGCCUGGCGACUCCAAUGGACAUGGCAGUCUAAGUCAAACCAAUCUCGGUGCCUCCAGCCUGACCUUGAAGAAUCUCCUGGCACGGAUUGAUCAAAAGCGCGACAUGGUAGCGGCAUCGGAUGCAGAGCUUCGGAAUUUGAUUCGAGAGGUGCGCAAGAAUCGUAGCAAAUGGUACAACGAAGACCGAAUCGGCCAGGAGGAGCUCUACGAUGCCGCCGAGAAGGUCCUCAACGAGCUCAAAGCUAUGACUGAGAAUUCUGCUCCCUUUUUGAACAAAGUCAACAAGCGUGAUGUGCCUGACUAUCACUUGAUUAUUCGACAUCCAAUGGAUCUUGGAACGAUGACCAAGAAGCUCAAGGCCAUCACCUAUAAGUCGAAGCAGGAAUUUGUUGACGAUAUCAACCUCAUCUGGGCAAACUGCCUCAAGUACAACACGGACCCCAACCAUCAAUUGCGAAGAAAGGCCCUGGUGAUGAGGAAGGAGACCGACAAAUUGGUACCCCUCAUUCCAGACAUUGUCAUCAGAGAUCGUGCUGAGGUCGAGGCUGAGGAACGUCGUGCGCAGCUCGCUGAAUUGGAAGAUGGUGGCGAGGAAAGUGACGACGAACCCAUCAUGUCGUCGCGAGGUCGCAAAGCCCCCGGCAAGAAGGCCUCUCAGAAAGGGACAGCUCCGUCUCGCAGCACCCCGAGUGGCUCGGAGGGCCCAGCGGGUACAGCUACGAGUCAGCCUGUUGGACCGGUCCGAGCUGACUCAGACACGGCUAUGGAGGCAAGUCAGAAUGGUCUCACUACACCACCUCAUGGCUCGAAUACACCUUCUGAUCCAGCGGGGCCCGGCGCAGGCGCUGUCCCUAGCCAAUUGGGUGAUUCUAUGGAGAUCGAUGGGCAGAACCCUGAUCAGCCCGCUCUGAGUGCGCUGUCAGCGGCUGGAGGUGAAUUCGAAGACCCUGAAUAUAAGGUGUGGAAGCAGGUCACCAAGAAGGACCGUGCUCUCAUUGCCGCUGAGAGACAUCGGCUGCUCAAAGGCGACAAGCUGAACCCAGAUGAGCCGGCUUUGCUCAGGACAAAGGCCGGUAUGCGUCGAUGGCUUCGUCAUGAGAAGCAAGCUGCAAUCGAAGGCGAGAAGACGCAAGAUGCAGGUCCCGAGGGACUUGAACCCGAAGCGACGGGCGCUUCACUCGCUGAAGGAAUCGAGGUCGAGGAAGAUAAGAUGAUUCCUUAUUAUUACGACGUCAUGCACGGUGUACCGGACCUCCCAGCACGAACAGCGUGGAAGGAAGAUGCCGACGGAAACAUCAUGGAUACUUCCGAAGAGUAUCUUCGUGUUCUUCCGCCGGGUAGCUUCACGCAACCCGACAGCAAACUGUCCCGAAAGAUAGACUCCAACAUGCGGCAGAUGCAAGACACGCGCAAGAUCUGUUCUAAAAUUGGCAUCGUCAAACAGAUGCAGCUUCAAGCCCAGAUGUACGCCAAUCAGUUUCAAAAAUAUAAUCCCGAGCCGUUCAUCGAGCAGGAUAUUCCUCCUCACGUCAUGAACGAUGAAGGCCCUGUGAUGACAACCGGCGUCUGUCGAGCUGCGCUACAGCGAUCCGUCGCCAAAAUCUUCUAUCAUGCUGGGUUCGAGGAGUAUCAGCCAUCAGCGAUUGAGGUGGCCACGGACGUUGCCGCAGAUUAUUUCCACAAGCUUGGACAGACAAUCAAGUCUUACAUGGAAACCCCCAAAGUUCCUGUGAACGAGACCGAAGACCCUUCAUCUACAACUGAGUGGAAGCGUGCAUACAGCGAACCCGAGGUGGUUCUGCAUACUCUUGCUGCUGUCGGAAUGGAUAUCGAGGAACUGGAGCUUUAUAUCAAAGAUGACGUGGAGAGGCUGGGCUCGAAGCUCACGUCUGCUCAUGAUCGCCUCAAGUAUCUCUUCACUGAGCUUCUCCGUCCAGCUCUGACCGAUGUGGGCGAAGACGGAUCAAAAGCCUUUGCAGACGGCAGCGACCAGUUUGUCACGGGAACAUUCGCCGACGAUAUCAACGACGACUUUCUCGGAUUCAAGGAGCUCGGUCUGGACGUUGAAUUUGGGAUUGCGUUCAACAGCGUGCCACUGCACUUGCUACCGAGCCGCAUGUUUAAUGCUGCGCAGGCCCAAAACACAACAGCUAUUCAAACAGAGGAUCUGUUCCCGCCGCCUCCUCCCUAUGCACGAAUCACCACUGAGAAUGUUGGUGAGCAGAUUGGACUGGUCCAACAGUUCCUCAAGGGCAAGCUUGAUGCCAAUGGUGACGAACCGCUUGUCGAGGACCUGGAGCUUCCUCCCAAGCAACGACCUAUGCCAGCUAAGACUCGUCUUCCCGCGUCCGGCAAGAUCCCAGCCCCGACAGGUCUCUCUGGUAAUACCUCGAGCCCUCAGAAGAGGCCUGCACCGCCGAAUGCUCCCGUUUCCAAGAUUGGUCCCGUGGAGCCCAGUAAGAAAAAGGCCAAGAAGAACAGUGGAGGUCCACUUGAUAUGCCAGGCUUCCCUGAAGGUGACGCCGAUUCGGUGGAAGCGAGUGAUCUGAAAGAUCUCAAUUCAUCGAUGGAUGGCGCCGGCAUGCCGGAGGGUGAGACAAGUGCUACUCAGGAAGAUCCCACGACUGGACCCUUGACCAACGGUACCAGCGCCUGA